ACAACGUUUUGGUAGACUAUGUGACGUUGGUGUUGUUGCAUUGAAUUUCACGCAUUUCGAUUUUCGGGUAUCUUUUGAAGUUACUGGGCGUGAUUAUGGUUAUUUUAGUCUGCUAUUGAAGAGUGCCCCUACAGCAUGUCUUCAGAGGAAGCUGUUCCAGCCUUAACAAAGCAACAAGAAGCACAUGCAAUGGACACAACAGAUAUAAACAGUUCAAAAAAGAAUCCUGAUUCAAUUGAUAUCACAGCUAGCCCAGAUGAGCCAUCUGGACUCUCUGUGUCAAAAUCAUCUAUGCUGAACCCUGGCAGUUCGUCCAUGAAUUCUACUUCCAGUGAGCCCACACCUGAGCAUAGCAAGAUGCCAGAGAGCUCUGCGUUUGGCCAGCACCCAGCAGGGCAGACAACCCCAGCUGGAGACGCGGCCGUCGGUGUGUCGCCGGCGACCGCCGAGUCCGACCCCCCGUCAGGAGGCGCGCCGGCGGCGUCGGCGGCGCGCGCCGGGGCCGACGGCGCCGGCGCCGGCCAGCAGCCGCCCGCCGGCGACGACUGCUACCGGUACGAGGGCGAGACGUGCGUGUACACGGACCCGUCUUCGGGGCUCGAGUACGUGUACAGUGCCGAGAAGGAGGGCUGGCUGCGGCGCGACGGCGCCGGCAACGGCCAGCCGCUGCACGCGCCCACCCUGGAGAACUGCUACUACGAGGGCGAGCACUACUGCUUCCGGGACGCGGCCGGCCAGGUGUACCGGCUGGAGCCGAGCUCCAACAGCUGGGAGCGCUGGCCGGCGGCGGAGUCGGGCGCGGCGCCGGCGGCCGACUGCUUCCGUGACGAGAGCGGCGCCUGGUGCUGCCGGGACGACAGUGGCGCCCUCUGCCACUGGUCGGCCGAGGCCUCACGCUGGGAGCGCGCCGCCGCGCCGGCCGGCCGCAAGCGCAAGCUCAACAGGGGCUCGUCGGACGACAGUGAGCACGACAGUGAUGAGGAGGAGGACGGAGCGGCCCGGAAGCGGGCGACGGCGCCGGGGCCGGCGGCGGAGGGCGGCGCCGCCCCUCACGAGGAGGAGGCGAACGACGGCACGGGCUACGAGUGGGACGCAGAGAAGGGAGCCUGGUUCCCGAAGAUAGACGAGGAGUUCCUGGCUCUACACCGGCUCAACUACGGCUUCGACUCGGAGGGUCGUCCCAUUGAUGCACCGCCCAUCCUGGACACGGCGCCGCCGCCGCCGCCGGCGGAACCACCGGCUGAAAAACAGCUGGCCGGCAAACAGCGCAAGAUGAACAAGAAAAAACCAGAGUGGUUCCAGCUGGACGACAGCAAGAACACCAAGGUGUACGUGUCCGGGCUGGCCGAGUCGACGACCGAGGCCGAGUUCGUCGAGCUCAUGUCGAAGUGCGGCCUGGUGAUGAAGGACCCGCUCAGGGGCAACGCCUGGAAGGUCAAGCUCUACCGCGAUGACUACGGCGUGCCCAAGGGAGACGGCAUUUGCACGUACAUAAAGAUCGAGUCGGUGAACCUGGCGCUGGAUAUUCUGGACGGCUACGAGUUCAAAGGCAAAAGACUCAGCGUUGAAAAGGCCACAUUUGACAUGAAGGGGUCCUUUGAUCCGACGAAGAAGCCCAAAAAGCGCACAUUGAAGAAGAAGGACAGGGAAAAACUGCAAAAGAAGCAGGAGAAGCUGUUCGCCUGGCAGCCGGACAAGAUCCGCGGGGAGCGCGAGCGCCACGAGCGCGUCGUCAUCAUCAAGAACCUGUUCUCGCCGGACGAGUUCCGCAGCCGGCCGGAGAUGAUCCUCGAGUACCAGCAGGACCUGCGCGACGAGUGCUCCAAGUACGGCGCCGUCCGCAAGGUUGUGCUACAUGAUCGUCACAAGGACGGCGUCGUGGAGGUGAUCUUCCAAGAGGCGGUCGAGGCUGACGCCUGCGUGACCAAAAUGAGCGGCCGGUGGUUUGCCGGCCGGCGCCUGGAGGCGGCCACGUGGGACGGCAAGACCAAAUACCGCGUGGAGGAGACUGAGGAGGAGCGGGCCGAGCGGCUGGCCAAGUGGGAGCAGUUCAUCUCUGGCGAGGAGGCGCCCUCCGCCGGCCGGAGCGCGGCGGGCCCUGCGCCCGCUCCGGCCCCGGCGGCGGCGGCGCGCCGGCUGGGCUGCACCUGA